CCGGAGGCCCGAGGCCCGCCUUUGCGCCGCUUGCUUUUCCUCAGGCGCCUUUUGGCUCUGCCGCCGCGCAGGCCGCCCGCCUGUGCCUGGUGAGGGCGGCCCGCUUCACCUGCUGCUGCUGCUGCUGCUGCUGCAGCUCCCCCUGGCAAGAGGAGGCGGGAAGCGGGUGGUGGUGGGUGGGCUUGGCCGGCCUGCUGCAUCCAGCCGUGGGGUGGGGUGGCGACGACAUCUGCCUUGCAGCUGCCGCUGCCGCUGCCGCUGCCGCCGCCGCCGCCGCCGCCACAGAGGUGGGAACCUGCUUGGGCUCGGAGGAGCAUCAGCGGCAGCGCCUCUUCGCGCUCACGCGCUUCUACCCCCACCGGCUUCCUCCCGCUGAUCCUUCCGCACCUCGCUCACCCCCUUCCCCGCCACCCACCCGCCGCCGUCGCCCUCCUCGCCGGUAAAUAAUCGCUGUCUGGUUGCCCCGCUGAGCCCUCCCUCCGCCGUGCCUGCCUGCCUGCCUGCCAGCCUCGGCAUCCCCCUCCCCCUCGCCUCCCGCCUGCAUGGAGAGGGAGAAUGGCGGAGAGAGAGAAAGGAGCCACGUCCCCGACCGGAUCCUCCCCGUUCUUGGGGCUGCACCUCGCCUCGCCCCCCAAUUUCAGGCUCACCCAUGACAUCAGCCUGGAGGAAUUUGAGGAUGAAGAUCUCUCUGAAAUCACGGACGAGUGUGGAAUCAGCCUGCACUGCAAGGACAGUUUGGCCUCACGGAGCCAUGUGAAUCUGCAGACCAGUGGCGUUCUGGGAGUGGGUGGAGGGGAGGCCAGCCGGCUCCAGGCAGAGAUGCUUCAGCUAGACCUGAUUGAUGCUACUGGGGACACCCCAGGCGACGAAGGGACGGCUCCUGAGCCGAUCAAGAAGGAGCCCCCGCCAGUGACCAUGGACACCUACAGACCCAAGCGGCCCACAACACUCAAUCUCUUCCCACAGGUGCCUCGGACGCAGGACACUCUGAAUAACAACUCUCUGGGGAAAAAGCACAGUUGGCAGGAGCGAGUGUCCCGGUCGUCAUCCCCUCUGAAAACUGGUGAGCAGACCCCUCCCCAUGACCACGUUUGCCUGAGUGAUGAGGUCACUCACCAAAACAGCACAACCUCCACCAAAGAUCGGGGCACAUCCACGGAGAGCCCGUGCCGGCGUACGGCUGCCACACAGAUUGCUCCAGCCUGUGUUGCCUCGUCCCGGGCACCGGAGAAACAGCAGGUUGCCAACCGCCCCCCACCACAGAACCCCACCGUUGUAGUAGUGACACGGGGGCCAGAAGCUUAUCGGGACCGCAUUCGCUACCAGACAGAUGUGAGGCUGGAGGCUACUGAGGAGAUUUACCUCACACCAGUGCAAAAGAAUUCUGACCCUCUGGAGUCUGAGAAGCCAUUCAUGUCACAGUCCAGUGAUAACCGGAUGUCCAUCAGCUCUGACAUAGACACUUCCAGCUACCCACAACUGGCAGGAAAACCUAACACCUCAAUCAGCGAGGAGGAUGAAGUGCUGGACUACCUGUCCUCACCUGACAAAAUGAACGCACCAAGGACUGUGUAUGGCAGCAGCAGCAAUGGCGGCUAUCGGCCCUGCCAUAGCCGUCAGAGGGCAUCUGUGAGCUCUGACACCAGUGCCCUCUCCUACGAUUCGGUCAAAUACACUCUUGUGGUAGAUGAGGACGUGCAGCUGGAACUCGUAAGCCUGAAACAGUGUUACUCGGGUUACAGCGACGAGAGCGAUUCAGCCACUGUCUACGACAACUGUGUCUCCUCACCCUAUGAGUCAGCCAUUGGGGAGGAGUAUGAGGAGGAUGCCCUGAAACGUGACUCUGUCUGUCUCUCUGAGGACUCCACCCCUGAGGCAGACAUCCAUUUCUCCAAGAAGUUCCUCAACGUCUUCAUGAGUGGACGGUCACGCUCCUCCAGUGCUGAAUCAUUUGGUCUCUUCUCUUGUAUUAUCAAUGGGGAGGAGCAAGAGCAGACACACCGAGCAGUCUUCAGGUUUGUGCCUCGUCAUGAAGAUGAACUGGAAUUGGAGGUCGAUGACCCUUUGCUGGUGGAGGUUCAGGCAGAAGACUAUUGGUAUGAGGCUUACAAUAUGAGGACAGGGGACCGAGGCAUCUUCCCUGCUUACUACGCAAUUGAGGUCACCAAGGAUGCAGAUCAUAUGACAGAUUCAAGCAAGAGUAGCGAUUGGGUGGACCAGUACCGGGUGAAGUUUCUCGGCUCAGUCCAGGUUCCAUAUCAUAAAGGCAAUGAUGUGCUGUGCGCAGCUAUGCAGAAGAUUGCCACUACUCGCCGCCUCACCGUGCACUUUAACCCGCCCUCCAGCUGCGUCCUGGAGAUCAGCAUGAGAGGAGUCAAGAUUGCUGUGAAAGGCGAUGACUCUAAGGAUCCCAGCAAGGGGAAUAAAUGUAGCCACUUUUUCCAGUUGAAGAACAUUUCAUUCUGUGGAUACCACCCAAAGAACAACAAGUAUUUUGGGUUCAUCACCAAGCACCCAGCUGACCACAGAUUUGCGUGCCAUGUCUUUGUUGCAGAGGAGUCCACCAAACCACUUGCAGAGUCUGUAGGGAGAGCCUUCCAUCAGUUCUACAAGGAAUGUGUGGAAUAUACGUGCCCCACAGAGGACAUCUACCUAGAGUAGGGGCCGGGGCAGCCCCCGCCCUCCUGUACAGACAAGGGCCAUUCCCCCCAUUGUGCAUGGACAAGCUGCUUUGAGAUGGAAGGAGGAGUGGGCGUGGGAACAGUGUUCCUCAGUGCGCAGAGCCCCACCUCUUUCAGUGCACCUCCUCUUUCCUUGGGCUGGGGGUUUGGGAUGGGUGGGGUGGGUGGACCAAAAAAAAGGGUUUAUUAUCAGAAGAAGAAAUAUGCUUUUCCGUUCGUUUGUUUAUCUGAAAUAAAGCACCACCAGCGGAAGCAGGUGUUGCUGCCGCUGGUACAGGAGGAGAGUGGGCAUGGGCACUGGGAGUGCCCACUUGAAUGGGCUGCCUUGGUGCUACUGCGGGAGAGAGGGCUCCACGAGUUCUGCUCAAGUCUGUUUGGGGCCUGCUCUAGUUCUAGCUGCCGUGUUCAGCCCUUCACAUUGGGAGUUUAGUAAGAUGGGGAUGCUGCUCUUCCACUGCAGAAGAAGGAAUAGCUAAUAAGCUUGGGGAUGGUUGCAAGUAGUGAGCCCAGUCCCUGGCUGGGAAUGGUGGGGUUGGGGAAUAGUGGAGGAGGAGACAGAGAAUGGGGGUGGUGGCCAGCUGCCCCGCCAGUUCCCAAGACAUAGCAUCCAAGUCUCUUAUCCUGUGCCUGCAAAAAAUCCGGGAACCACUGGAGGAACACUGGUGCCUGUCCUAGCCCCUCCCAGUUUGAAGGCAUGUAGACAGCCAGGGAGGGCCCAUGCCCUGGGAAUCUGCUGAUGGAAAGAGCUCCUCCACCCCGGCCCUUGCUCUAAAUCUCCCUUCCCUCCAUACCCGCUCUCCAGCUGCAGGUUCUGCAUUCACGGAGGGAAUCUGGACCCUGCACAGAACACGAGAGCCAGGGUUCAUCUGAUUCAUCUGCAUCAAGGGGCUUGAGAGGAGCUCCAGCCAUAAGCACAAAAUUGAUUCAGGAAGGGCUUGGUCCCACGGAGAAGAAGCAAAGCUGGGAGAAUAGCAUGAGUGACUAGGGGCUAAUAAGAGCUGCAGAAAGGUGUGCCUUUGCCCUUCUCCCCCCUCCCCCCCAAAAGCAGGGGGCUCUGUGCUUCUGCUCUAAUGACAACAAUGAUUAAACGUUGAUGUUUCAAAGAGA